AUGGCUGCCGAUGGGAAGGAGCAGCUUUUUGGCCCAGGUGGGUGGGCGGGGAGCACGCCUAGAUUGGGCCACUCCCUUUCCCUGCUUUUAGGGUUUCUCUGCACAGAACUCCAGGCUGCCCGCCUCCUCCGCCUGCACCACCGGCUGGAUCCGCCCCCAGCGGUGCCCGCAUCCUAUGGGGAAGGGGCAGAGGAGGGAGAUGGCAUGGUUCGGGAACUGAUCCUUACCCUCCAAGCCCUGGGGCUGCUCAGACCUACGCUGGGGACCCUGGCCAGCAGGCUGCUGUGGGAGUUGCAUGCCAAGGUCUCAGAGCUGCUGCCUUCCCUGCCCCCAGGAUCCCUGCAGCCCCUUCUAAGCUACCCACUAGAUGCACCCAGAUGGGAAGCACUGGAGUCCCUGUGCCAAAGCCUGGGAGAUCAGUACUGCUGCCGCCGUUGCCUCCUCCUCAAGCGCCUGGACCUCACAAUAUCUGCGUUCCACUGGAGUGAUCGGGCAGAGGCCCAAGGGGAGGCCAUGAAGGCAGUGCUGAUCCCAAUUCGAGAGACGCUGACCCCAGAAUCGGAUGUCUCCAUUGCACACAUCCUGGCUGCCCGAGCUGAUCUGUCUCGUCUUGUCCCAGCCACGAGCAAGGCUGCCCGCCGAGGGACCAGCUGUGCCAUCAACAAGGUGCUCAUGGGCAACGUGCCAGACCGAGGGGGACGUCCCAAUGAGUUGGAGGCUCCGAUGCCCAGCUGGCAGAGCAGAAGAGAUAAUGGAGGCGGGAGGAAGGCCGGCCGCCACUGCUGGGGCGGUAAGAAGAAAAAGAAAUAAAGGGGGACUGGGUCCUCUGUGAGAUGCUGAUA